AUGUCGGGAAUCAGAAACCGCCGGGCUGGGGGCGAUGGAGAGGAAACAAAGGACAACGGCCUUAUUGGGCCGAUGGACCGUCUGGACACACUGUCUGGAAGCCAUGGUGGACAGGAAAUGCGACAGAGGGGGCGGAGCGGCGGCGGCGAUGGGCUCGACUGGAGCAGGCUCGAAGGACGAAAGCCCGAGCACGGGACACGCCACGAUAUGGCGAACACAUUGCUCAUAUCCUGCGACUGCGGGAUGAGUCCCGGCUACAACGAGCUCGUCAAGGGGUCUAGCACCGGCGGAAGGUUUAAUCAGAAGAUGAUGUCGAACAGCGGAAUCCGGUCGUUGAAAAUCAGGCGGGAUUACCUUUUCAACCGGACCAAACGGCCCUUGGCUGCCUCCGAAGCUGCUGCUUCUGCAUUUCAGCAGCGUGCAUCUCCGACUUCAUCCCUACUGAUCGUCCAAAUGGAGUCGCUGGGCCAGGCACGUGUCGGCGGGUCACGUGUCGAUAGUCACGAUAAGGCAGCGCAAGGCUACCAAUUCAUCCUCUCAGAGAGAGAAGAAAGCAUCACUAUGUCGGCAGAAUCCAUCCCUAUCCAGCCGUCUGCAUUCGCAGAAGCAAUCCAGGAGUUGCCCCUCUCGGCCCUCUAUGCCAAAGUCUUAGAACUCCGAAACUCCAUCUCCCACCUCCGCCGUUCGAACGACGAGCUAAACAGAUUUGUCUUGGAAUCCUGCGACUCGGAGGACGAGAAACGAGAACUACAAAGUUACAUCGUCGAAAAUGAGGAUGUGAUGCAGUCCAUGACGGAGAGGAUCGUGCUGCUGAAGGCGGAGAUUGUAGGCCGGGGCCAGCAGUGGAUUGAAGUGGAAGAGAAUAGGACAGAUGCGAAGGAAGACAGCAGCUCGCAACCUGCGCCGUCCGGUGCGAACGGCACAAAUGAGGAGGAACGCACUGUGACUACGCCACAGGACCCCUCUGCAACAGGGGAUCGACGACAGAAUACACACGAUGAUCAGGAACAGGAUGGCGUCUACCUUUGA